CCCGCUCUCCUUCACCUCAGGGUGGGGCCCUGGGGGGUCUUGGAACCCUUCCCAGGGGGUCCCGCUUCCCUCACGGGGGGUUCUGAACUCUAUUCCCGAGGGUCCUCGCUCCCUUCCUGAGGGUCCCACUCUGCCCUGGCGGUCCCGCUCCCCUCCCAGGGGGUCCUCACUCCCUUUUCGGGUGAUCCCUGUUCCCCACCACAGCUCCCUGCUCCCUUCCCACCCAUCCCACCGCCUGGGGUCCCGCUCCAUCCUGGGGGGUCCCAUUCCCCUCCCAGGGGAUUCGGGGUGGUCUCUGCUCCCUUCCCAUUGGUUCCAUUCCCUAUUCCCGGGGGUCUCGCUCUCUGUCCGGGGGUCCCAGCUUCCUUCAGAGGUUUCCCCCUCCCUACCCAUUCUCUGCCCUCGGGGAUCCCGUUCCCUUCCCAGGGGUCCCACGUUGUAUUCUCAGGGGUCUCAGUCCACCCGGGGGGCUGCUACCUCCCUGGGGGUCCCACUCUGUGCCUGGGGGGGGGAUCCAUGCUCCCUUUGGGGAACUCAACCUUCAUUUUCUUCGGGAUACUCGCUUUGCCCUCAGGGGGUCCCUUCUCCCUUCCCGGAGGGAGAUCCCCGCUCCUGUCUUGGGGGUCCUGUCCCCCUCCAGAGAGUCCCAUUCCCAUUCCGGGGGUCCCAUUCCCUCCCCAGGAGCCCCGACUCCUUCUGGGGCUCCCGUUCCCCUCCCGGGGGUCUCAUUCGCUCCCCGGGGGUCUCAUUCCCUUCCCGGGGGUCCAGCUCCGUUCUGGGGGUCCCAUUCCCCUCCCGGGGAGACCCCACUCCCCCUCCCGGCUCCCCGCUCUCCUCUCUGGGUGUGUCCGGGGGUCCCCCCGUACCCUCGGCGCUGCGGUUGCAGGGCGGGGCGGUGCCGGUACCGGUGACCAUCCCCGUUUCCUCCGGCGGGGCGGAGCGGAGCGGUCACCCCGAGCCCUAUAAAGGGGGCGGCGGCAGCGGCAGCAGCAGCGGUGCCGCAGCGCGGGCGGGGGUCGGCAAUGAGCCUGAUGCUGGAAACGCUGCUGGGCCCCCCGGGGGGGCUCCGCAAGGACCCGGGCCGCCUUCCCCCGCGCUCCGCCACCUCCAGCGGCUUCCACUCGUGGCCGGGCCCGGUAGCUGGGAGAGCUCGGGGUGGGUUGGGGAUCGGCGGCGGCGGAGGAGGAGGAGGAGGGGGGGGCGGCAGCGCUGCCGCUUCCUCCACCGAAAGCCUGGACUCGCUGAACGGAGAACCGCGGGCGCGGAACGAGAAGGAGCUCUUGCAGGUGCUGAACGAUCGCUUCGCCGGUUACAUCGAACGGGUCCGGGCUCUGGAGCAGCAGAACAGGGCGCUGGCGGCGGAGGCGGCGGCCCUGCGGCAGCAGCAGGCGGGACGCUCAGCGAUGGGCGAGCUGUACGCCCGGGAGCUGCGUGAUAUGCGGGGUACGGUCCUGCGGUUGGGAGCCGAGAAGGGGCAGCUGAGGCUGGAACGGGCGCGCUUAACCGAGGACGUGGCCAUCCUGCGGGGCCGGUUGGAGGAGGAGGCCCGGCAGCGAACGGAGCUGGAAGCGGCGGCCCGGGGCUUGGCUCAGCUCUCAGCUCAAGAAGAACGGGCUCGGGGGCCGCUGGAGGAGCGGGCCCGGGCUCUGCGAGAAGAAGCGGAGCUGCUGCGGAGGCAGCAUCGGGCGGAAGUGGGAGCUUUGCUGCGGGGAGCCCGCCCAGAGCCCCUCGGGGAACCCCCCGCAGCUCUCCGCCCCGGAGUCACGGCUGCUCUCCGGGACCUUCGUGCCCAGCUGGAAGGCACGGCGGCCCGUAGCACCCAGCAGGCCGAGGAGUGGUUCCGAGUGAGGCUGGACAAGCUCUCGGAGGUGGCCAAGGUGAACACAGAUGCCAUGCGCCUGGCCCAGGAGGAGAUCUGCGAGUACCGCCGGCAGCUCCAGGCCAAGAGCACCGAGCUGGAAGCUCUGAAAGGGACCCAGGAGUCACUGGAGAGGCAGCGGCAGGACUCGGAGGAACGCCACCAGGCAGAUGUCCUCUCCUAUCAGGAAACCAUCCAGCAGCUUGACAAUGAGCUGAGGAACACCAAGUGGGAGAUGGCAGCUCAGCUCCGGGAGUACCAGGAUCUGCUCAACGUCAAAAUGGCCCUGGACAUCGAGAUUGCUGCCUAUAGGAAACUCUUGGAAGGGGAGGAAUAUCGGAUUGAGUCUGGCUUUGGGAUGAUCUCCUUCCCCGAGGUGGUCCCCAAGGUUCCCAUCAAGGUGAAGAGUGAGGAGAAGAUCAGGGUGGUGGAAAAAUCUGAGAAAGAGACAGUGAUAGUGGAGGAGCAGACAGAGGAAAUCCAGGUGACUGAGGAGGUCACUGAGGAGGAUGAGGCUGAGAAAGAGGAGGAAGCUGAAGAGGAAGAGGAGGAAGCUGAAAAGGAGGAGGAGGAAGAGGAGAAAGCUGAAGCAGAGGAUGAAAAGGAGGCCAAGUCUCCUGCAAAAGAGGCCAAGUCCCCAGAGAAACCUGAGUCCCCCUCAAAGGAGGAGGCCAGGACCCCAGCUGUGAAGUCCCCAGAGAAACCUGCACCUCCCUCAAAGGAGGAGGCCAAAACCCCAAGUGUGAAGUCCCCAGAAAAACCCCCGACCCCCUCGAAGGAGGAGGCCAAGACCCCAGCUGUCAAAUCCCCUGAAAAGCCCCCAAUUCCUUCAAAGGAGGAGGCCAAGACUCCAGUGGUGAAGUCCCCAGAGAAACCCUCAACCCCCUUGAAAGAAGAGGCCAAGACCCCAUCUGUGAAGUCCCCUGAGAAAGUCAAGGAAGAGGCCAAGGGCCCCCAGGAGGAAGUGGCCCCAGGCAAGGAGGUCCCCCCCUCCCCUCUGAAGGAGCCAAAAGCCCCUCCAAAGGAAGAGCAGCCCAAGGAAGUGAAGGCUCCCUCCAAGCCUGGAGCUGAGGAGGGCAGGAAAGAGGAAGAUCCCAAGAAGGAUAUCCCAGCCCAGGUGGAGGAGAAACCCAAAGAGAAGGUGGAACCUGUGGCAGAAGGGAAGGAGACCCCUAAGCCAGGCCCCAAACCUGUGGCAGAAGGAAAAGCUGAGGAAGCUCCACCAAAACCUCAGCUGGAGGUUGGCAAGGAGGCUGAGAAGCCAAAGGCCAAGGAGAAGGUGGAGGAGCCCAAGAAGGAGAAGGUGGAGGAGCCCAAGAAGGAGAAGGUGGAGGAGCCCAAGAAGGAGAAGGUGGAGGAGCCCAAGAAGGAGAAGGUGGAGGAACCCAAAGCUAAAGCAAAACCCAAAGAUGAACCCAAGGCCAGUAAGGAGCCCCUCAAGGCUGAGGCUCCCUCCAGCAAGGAGGGCAAAGCCCCAGUGCCCACUGGGAAGAAGUGAGGGGGGGGUUCCUGGGUGCUGAAGAACCCCCCCGGGGGGUGGGAGCUGCUAGGUUCCCCCCAGGGCAGGGCUCUACCUUAGCAAUAGGUGGGGGCAGAGCUGCAGAACAUGCCCCACGCUGAACACCACAGUUAAACACUUGAAUUCUACCCGAGGGGAGCCCCCCCUGCCCCCUGGGGGACCCGCUCCCCCUCUUCUUCUCCAAUAAGUGCAUUUAUUUCAUGUAUGUGCAAAGGAAGGAUGAGUGCAAUGCAGAGCUCUUGCUGCUUGGGAUGGGGGCUGGAGGGUUUAUCCCUGACCUGGGGGUGGGGGACACAAUUGCCCCCUCCCAGGGGUGACACAGGCUGCACCUGGAGUGACACUCAGGCACACAGAGCACCAGGAACCUCAGCCCACUGUUAUUUGCUUUCUGUGCAAUAACCAAAUAAAGUGGUUACAGAGACCCCCCCUGGCUCUGCUGCCUUUUGAUUUUUUUUUUUUUUUUGGUGGGG